UCAACCAUGACUGAAUGGCAAUUUCGAAAAUAAAAAUCAUACAUCCCAACCAAAACCCUAGAUAUAAAUAACACCUCGGGCUUGAUCAGCCACUCUGUCUCCUUCACAAUACCCUAAGAGCAGCAGCUGUUUCCAAACUCUUGAAUUGGUCAGAAAUGAAGGUUGUUGCAGCUUACUUGUUGGCCGUGUUGGGUGGCAACACCUGUCCUCCUGCCGAUGACCUGAAAAACAUCCUCGGUUCAGUUGGAGCUGAGACCGAUGAUGACAGGAUUGAGUUGCUCUUGUCUCAAUUGAAGGACAAAGAUAUCACUGAGGUGAUUGCAGCCGGAAGAGAGAAGUUGGCUUCAGUUCCUGCCAGCGGUGGUGCAGUUGCUGUAGCUGCACCUGCUGCAGCAGGAGGUGCUGCUGCCCCUGCUGCUACUGAAACAAAGAAGGAAGAGAAAGUUGAAGAGAAAGAAGAGUCAGAUGAUGAUAUGGGCUUCAGUCUCUUCGAAUAAAAACUGCAAACAGUCAACCAAUUCUUUUGAAGUUAUUGUCAAGUUAAUUUUAGAAAAUUCACAUUGUUCUUUGUUUGGGUACUAGACUUGCCUAGGAAACCAGGAUUUUGUUUUUAAGUGAACAAGUUGCAGAUAUUGGGAUAUAAUAUUCUCAAGUUUGAGUUUA